AGGAGAAGUUAGGACGACCCAGUAAACGCAGUAGUUCAUGUGCAAGACAGCAAUCGAAAACUCGAUCGGUAUAUUAACUUGACUGAGAAGGUGCCCAGUUGUGAGAAUAAAAAUGCGAGGUGUGUUCCCAGUGACACUUGUUCUGCUUGUGGCCUUGAUGGUCACAGUAGAAGCAGCUCACAAACAUGGUGACAAAAAAGGUCAGAAGGCCAAGGAGGGGGGCAAAGUGGAGUGUGCUGAGAAGCGCUUUAGCAAAUGUGUGCCCAGCGCUAGUGACUGUGGAGAUGGGUUCCGUGAAGCCACCUGUGGCGAGCACACCACCAAACACAAGUGCAACAUCCCUUGCAACUGGAAGAAGGCCUUUGGCGCUGACUGCAAGUACAGGUUCACCAACUGGGGUGAGUGUGACACCAGUACCGGUACCAAGAGCCGAUCAGGAACUCUAAAGAAAGACCUGUUCAAGUUAGACUGUGAAGCCACCAUCAAGGUUACCAAGCCCUGCUCCUCCAAGCCCAAAGGGAAGGGAGCUAAAGGGAAGAAGGGAAGAGGAGAAAGUGAAAACUGAAGAGAGGCCGGCUGAGACCCAGCAGGUGUGACCUAUGGCUUACUUCUGCAGCACAAUCGUCUCCUUCCUUUUGCCAGACACUUAGUCAGUGUCUCUGGAUGGCUCCCAAAUGACCCCCCCUCCCCCUAUUCCCUAUGUGGUGCAGUGAAAAGGUAGUGCACUAUAUGGGGAACAGGAGGAAAUUUGGGAGGCAGCUCAGGGCUUUGCCCCUCUGCAAAAACAACAACCCAACAAUCUGUCUAUUCUAUCCUUUCUUUUCACAAAAACCAAUCUUAUGGUUUGUUUACUUGUUUAAUGGGGUUUGAAAACAUGAUAUCCAUCAUUUU